AUGAAGCGCACGCAUGAUGAAGAUCAAGUGGAGCUCGCGGGGGCCCUGACAAGUCUCCGCAGUGAAUCUGCACACGGUGAUGCGGUGAGUGCCACUACAUCCGCUUCCACCAGCUUCACGGGACCCUCUAUUGAGAAGCGCCAUGCCAGUUGGACCGCUUGGGCCAAGUAUCUGGACGACUAUUGCAACUCCAAUGGCGUUCGCAUCGGCAUCGAGUUCACCGAUAGCAUUCAGAAGAGAAACAUCGAGAUGCGCAACUCCAAACGAGCAAAAGACGGUAAAUUCGUACGCUUCUUGCCCCAAGGACUGGACGCUUAUCGUCGCAGCUACGUGUGUCAUCUCGGCCGAAAGGGACGAACGCGAGACAUCAAGUUUCGCCGCACCGCUUGUCCGUUUAAACUGGUAGCAAAGAGUGUUUACAACGACAGCAAAUGGGAAGUGGAAGUCACAUGUCCAAACCCAAGACAUAUCCACUCUGAAGCAACAGGAGAGCCUGCAGCUCCAGCUUGUGUCGAAGCGGAGGCGCCACCCAAGCCGUCGAUUCAGUCGAUUCCAAUCGAGGGACUGAAGGGCAGUCCGUGUAGUAGAAGAGUGCUGACAGACAUGGCUCCACGAUGCAAACGUAUGCCUGAGAAUGAAGUGAUGUGUACUCGACUACUGCAACGUCUAAACAACCUACAUGAUUCGGUGGCAUCUCUGGACGAUAAAGACGCCCGCAAGCAGAUUUACAUCGACGUUAUCAUACGAUUCGUUAAACUGAUGCAUCGCAAGCAGCUACUUCUUCGUCUGGCGAGCAGUGCGACUGUGGUGUAUAAAGUUCAUGAGCUCCACGACAAGUUGAAUGAUGUUGCGCGAGAACUUGAAUUGAGUCAUGAAACAAGGAGGGACCAGUUAAAAGACGAUCAAGAUGAACAAUAUGCGAAACUGAAAGAACUAAUUACUGCUGCAUCCGAUCGCAUGCUAAUCAACGAGUUUCGUGGCGAUCACAAGCUUCACGAGGCCCUAAUGACGCUCACCCACGGGUUGAAAUGGAAGAGUCAGUCCUCGGAAAUGCUACAUCUCAAGAGGGCAACGCUCGCUCGAGUGACGAAGAUUUUACCCGAACUAACCAGAGUCGACUGGUUUAUUCCUAGGGAUGAGUUGGAGUACGAAGAGAAAAUCAUUGGAGCAGGUACUUUCGGCGAAGCGAGACUUGGAGCAUGGCUGCAUUACGGUAACACGAAAGCUGUGGUUGUAAAACAACUAUUCAAAGAGAUAGACAGCUACUCUGGCGAUACUUUCUUCAAGCAACUAGAGAUAUGGAACAAGCUCGAAGAUAAUCAUAUCCUCAAACUUUACGGCGGCUCACACAUCAAUAGACCUCAACUUUACGUCUGCGAGUACGCCACCGGUGGCAACCUUAGAGGUUUCUUUGGGAAGAAAGAAAAUCGUACACGGUUUUGGCGUAUGUUUCAGCAAGCAGCGCAAGGUUUGCAGGUAUUGCACUUGGCAAGAAUCCCUCACGGUGCUCUCAAAUGCAGCAAUAUUCUAGUCGGUGACGGCGAUACAGUGAAGCUUACAGACUUUGGAUUCCGCUCUGUGCGUUCGUUGUCUGCAGCUUUGAGCGGAGACGCUGAAGAUGCGACUGCGAACGCUAUUCGAUGGAAACCCAAGGAGGUACUGGAGGAGAAUUUUAACGAGGAACUGCUGUAUGUGGCCGACAUUUACGCAAUUGGUAUGUGCAUGAUAGAAGCGCUCACACAGCAAGAUCCAUUUCCGAAGGUGGACAACAAUGUAGUGGUGGAAGUCAUCAGAAAAGGUGAAACUUACAAGCGACCUGAUGGCAUUUUGGAUGCUGAGUGGGAUUUCAUCUCUCGACUUUGCAAUUCAGACUACUCACUACGCCCAAAAAGCAUCAACGAAGUGCUGAAGGAGAUUAGUUUAUUUGUCGAAGGUGAACAAGGACGAGAAGAUCCAGCUAAAAGCAUAACAGGACAUACUCGGCAGCAGCUUGUUGAACGUCCUCCGUUAUACGAACAGCAUGGCCGAACCAAGCACAACGUGUCAGUCGAUGUGGCAAUACAUGACGGCGUUCAAAUGGAAGACGAUGUAACCGAGAUCGAUACAAGUGCCACCAGCACCACCAGUUGUGCAAUAGGUAUAUAA